AAUACAUAUACUGAUAUAUCGAAGAGAGAGAGAGAGAUAGAUAAAAGAGAGAAGAGAGAGAGGGGAGAGGGAGUGGAACUGCGCCAUUGAAAGUUGAAACCAACUCUUUCAACUCAACAAAAUUGAUAUUUUGGGGCAGAAACACGCAGCUAACGGCGAAUCGCGUGAUUCAAUCUAUCAUCAGCUAAUCAUUAGCUCUGGAUUUCAGUUUCAUAACCUUACAUUUCUGGAGAAGUUGGCUCUCCUUUUCCGAGAAUAGACUGUGAACUACAGUUUAAUUUGAUAUUGAAGCAUAUCUAGGUUUAUUUCUUAUGAUGAAUGGUUCCUACAAAAUAGAAGGUCAUGGACCAGAAAUAUGGUGUUAUGAUGGGGCAACUUCUAGAAUGAGAUAUAACAGCCAAGCUAUUACAGAUCCCAGCCCAGUAGACAAUGUGGGAGCUAGUGGUAGUUUUCGGAAUUCGAGUCAUGCUGAUGUUAUACCAGUUUCCACCCAUACAAAUUUUGAGGGAUUAGUCCAAUCAUCUGAAGGCGAUUCUUCCGUGGAUCUUGAUUUUAGUGAUGCAGUUCUCAAGUAUAUAAAUCAUAUCCUCCUGGAAGAGGAUUUAGAAGAGAAAACAUUCAUGUUCCGCGAGUCUGCUGCUCUUCAAGCUGCAGAAAAGUCAUUUUACGAGGUUAUUGGAGAACGAUAUCCUGCACCCAGAGAUUAUCAGUAUGGAUCAAAUUUAGAUAAGAUCGUUGAGAACCCUGAUGGAAACUUGUUUGGGGCAACUGAUUGCAGUGGUUUCUAUGAUUCGGGAACAUUAUGUCCUGAUUGGAAUUCUGAUUUUAACUGCGGUGGGCAAGACAUAUAUCAUGAUGCUGUCAAAAGAAAUUCACAGUCGACUUCUCAGUCUUCUUAUGCCUCAUCAAGUAGCAGUGGAACCCAAGGUCCAAUAGAUUCUCCUGUGAGCACCCUUAGAAUUCCUGAUAUAUUUGGUGAUAGUCAAUCAGCUAUGCAGUUUAUGAAGGGAGUAGAAGAAGCAAGCAAGUUUCUUCCUAAUGGAAAUAACUUAGUUGCUAAUAUGGGGUAUGAUGGUCUGUUGCCGAAGGAAGGCUCUCCUAACCUUUCAGUCAAGGUGGAAAACAAAACUGGUAAUGAUGAAGUUAGUGAUGUGUUAAGGGGGAAGAAGAAUCCAUAUCAUGAAAGUAUGGGUUUGCAAGAGGAAAGGAGUAACAAACAAUCAGCUGUUUUUGCUGAAUCAACUGUUAGUCCAGACAUGUUUGAUAGGGUCCUCCUGUGCAGUGGAGGAAAAAAUGACACCGCCCUUCGUGAAGCGUUGAAUGAGAUAACCAGAAACGACCAACAGAGUGGUCAAUCAAAGGGAUCUAAUGGCGGAAAAAGUGGUGGUAAGAAGAAGCAAGGCAAAAGGAAUGUGGUGGAUAUGAGAACCCUCUUGACCCUUUGCGCACAAGCUGUUGCAGCCGACGAUCGUAGGACUGCAAAUGAGCUUCUAAAGCAGAUCAGACAGCAUGCUUCGCCAUCAGGAGAUGGAAUGCAGAGACUAGCACAUUAUUUUGCUGAUGGGCUUGAGGCGCGUAUGGCUGGAUCUGGUACUCAGAUAUAUGCAUCCCUCCUUAAUCUGCCUACUUCUGCUGCUAAUGUAUUGAAAGCCUAUCAUACAUACAUUGCUACAUGUCCAUUCAGGAAGAUCUCUAAUUUCUUUUCGAAUAAGACCAUCAUGAAAAUCUCUGAGAAAGCCACAAAACUCCACAUUAUUGAUUUUGGUAUUCUCUAUGGGUUUCAAUGGCCUUGCUUUCUGCAACGCCUCUCAAACAGAGCUGGUGGACCCCCUAAACUUCGUAUCACCGGUAUUGAUUUUCCUUGUCCGGGUUUUCGACCAUCAGUAAGGGUUGAAGAGACUGGGAAGUGUUUGGCUAGUUAUGCUAAGACCUUUGGAGUUCCAUUCGAGUUUCAUGCUAUUGCUCAAAAGUGGGAAACAAUUAAACUUGAAGAUCUUAAGAUCGAGAAAGAUGAGACGGUGGCUGUCAGCUGUCUUUUUAAUCUCAAGAAUCUGCUGGAUGAAACUGUUGUGGUGAACAGUCCAAGAAAUAUGGUCUUGAAUCUUAUCAGGAAGAUGAAUCCUGCUGUUUUCGUUCUGGGGAUAAAGAAUGGUUCCUAUAAUGCCCCCUUUUUUAUCACAAGAUUCCGUGAGGCACUCUUUUACUACUCAUCUAUCUUCGAUAUGCUAGAUGCUAUUAUUCCCCGAGGGAUUCCUGAGAGAGUGCUGCUUGAAACCAUAUUAUUUGGGCGGGAGGCGAAGAAUGUCAUUGCAUGUGAAGGUGCUGAGCGGAUCGAGAGACCAGAGACGUACAAGCAAUGGCAGGUCAGGAAUAUAAGGGCUGGCUUUGAGCAGCUUCCUUUGGAUGCGGAGAUAACGAGAAUGGCUAGAAAUAGAGUUAAAUCAUCCUACCACAAGGACUUUGUGGUAGAUGAAGACGGUCAGUGGCUGUUACAGGGGUGGAAGGGACGCAUUCUUUAUGCUUCUUCUUCUUGGAUUCCUGCUCAUCGAAACUCGUAAAUUGCAUACAUGAUGGCAGAGAUAAUCAACCCCUGGCCAUCCCAACUUCUUCAACACCUUUGCUAUAUGAGCUUCUUUCAUUUGAAAGCAAGGUGCUGAUCCAACUAUCAACUGGAAUGCAACACUGAUGCUAUUUCAAUUGAAAUUGUCUAUAGAUUAUUACAUUAUGCUUCUUAAAUUAAUUUUAGUUUGCUCCUUCAGCUGGUAUAGUGGAAGUUUGCAGAUCCUUUCUUCCACCGUUGGUCAGGCAACACAUUCGCCCUACAGUCGUCGUGCCAACUGCCACCAGACGUGCACGGUAUACUUGAACGCCUGAAGACCUUUGUCAAUGCUAACAGGUAACAGCUCUAGGGGUUCUUCACAUAAUGCUGUGCAAUGUGGUGUCGUAGAAGGAUCGUCUCAUAUAUUGAUUGCUGUGUUGGAGUGGAUAACCUUGCUUAGCUUUGAUCAUAGAAAUGGCAAUUUAGUUUGCAUAAUGUGGAAUUUUGUCAUCAUUUUUAUGAGCAGUAAUAGCAUAUAACUUUCAUGUACUUUUCAACAUUUUCAUUAUAGAAAUGGCAAUUUACUUUCUUAUUUCUA